CUUUUUACCCCCCUCCAACAGGGAGAAUCACGUGUUCUGAGAGUGAAGGUUGUUUCUGGAAUUGAUCUCGCCAAAAAAGACAUCUUUGGAGCCAGUGAUCCAUACGUGAAGCUUUCAUUGUACGUAGCGGAUGAGAAUAGAGAACUUGCUUUGGUCCAGACAAAAACAAUUAAAAAGACGCUGAACCCAAAAUGGAAUGAAGAAUUUUAUUUUAGAGUAAACCCAUCUAAUCACAGACUCCUGUUUGAAGUGUUUGAUGAAAACAGAUUGACACGAGACGACUUCCUGGGACAGGUGGACGUGCCCCUUAAUCAUCUCCCGACAGAAGACCCAACCAUGGAGCGACCCUACACAUUCAAGGACUUUCUCCUCAGACCUAGAAGUCAUAAAUCUCGAGUAAAGGGAUUUUUGCGAUUGAAAAUGGCCUAUAUGCCGAAAAAUGGGGGUCAAGAUGAAGAAAGCAGUGAGCUGAGGGACGAUUCGGAGCACGGGUGGGAGGUUGUGGACUCGAAUGACUCGGCUUCUCAGCACCAGGAGGAGCUUCCUCCACCACCUCUGCCCCCUGGCUGGGAAGAAAAAGUGGACAACUUGGGUCGCACUUACUAUGUCAACCACAACAACCGGACCACUCAGUGGCACCGACCAAGCUUGAUGGAUGUGUCCUCCGAGGCCGACAGCAACAUCCGCCAGAUCAACCAGGAGGCGGCGCACCGGCGCUUCCGCUCCCGCCGGCACAUCAGCGAGGACCUGGAGCCCGAGCCCUCCGAGGGCGGGGAGGCCCCAGAGUCUUGGGAGACCAUUUCGGAAGAAUCGACUAACACUGGAGACUCCCUCAGUCUGGCGCUGCUUCCCCCUCCACCUUCCUCCCCAUCCUCUCGGACCAGCCCCCAGGAGCUGUCCGAGGAACUGAGCAGAAGGCUUCAGAUUACUCCCGACUCCAAUGGGGAGCAGUUUGGUUCUUUGAUUCAGAGGGAGCCGUCCUCCAGGCUGAGGUCGUGCAGUGUCACCGACGCGGUCGCAGAGCAGGCUCAUCUACCACCGCCAUCAGUGGCCUAUGUACACACCACGCCGGGCCUACCUUCAGGCUGGGAAGAAAGGAAAGAUGCUAAGGGACGCACAUACUAUGUCAAUCAUAACAAUCGAACCACCACUUGGACUCGGCCUAUCAUGCAGCUUGCAGAAGAUGGUGCAUCUGGAUCCGCCACAAACAGUAACAACCACCUAAUCGAGCCUCAGAUCCGCCGGCCUCGUAGCCUCAGUUCGCCAACAGUAACUUUAUCUGCCCCACUGGAGGGUGCCAAGGAUUCACCCAUACGCCGGGCUGUGAAAGAUACCCUUUCCAAUCCACAGUCCCCACAGCCAUCACCUUACAACUCCCCCAAACCACAACACAAAGUCACACAGAGCUUCCUGCCACCCGGCUGGGAAAUGAGGAUCGCGCCGAACGGCCGGCCCUUCUUCAUUGACCAUAACACAAAGACUACAACAUGGGAAGAUCCGCGCCUGAAAUUUCCAGUACAUUUGCGAUCAAAGGCACCUUUAAACCCCAAUGACCUUGGCCCUCUUCCUCCCGGUUGGGAAGAAAGAAUUCACUUGGAUGGCCGAACAUUUUAUAUUGAUCAUAAUAGCAAAAUAACUCAGUGGGAAGACCCAAGACUGCAGAACCCAGCUAUUACUGGCCCGGCGGUUCCUUACUCCAGAGAAUUUAAGCAGAAAUAUGACUACUUUAGGAAGAAAUUAAAGAAACCUGCUGAUAUUCCAAAUAGGUUUGAAAUGAAACUUCACAGAAAUAACAUUUUUGAAGAGUCCUAUCGGCGAAUCAUGUCUGUGAAAAGACCAGAUGUCCUAAAAGCUAGACUGUGGAUUGAAUUUGAAUCAGAGAAAGGUCUUGACUAUGGGGGUGUGGCCAGAGAAUGGUUCUUCUUACUGUCCAAAGAGAUGUUCAAUCCCUACUAUGGUCUCUUCGAGUACUCUGCCACGGACAACUACACCCUUCAGAUCAAUCCCAAUUCAGGCCUUUGUAAUGAAGACCAUUUGUCCUACUUCACUUUUAUUGGAAGAGUGGCUGGUCUGGCAGUAUUUCAUGGGAAACUUUUAGAUGGAUUCUUCAUUAGACCGUUUUACAAAAUGAUGCUGGGAAAGCAGAUAACUCUAAAUGACAUGGAAUCUGUGGACAGUGAGUAUUACAACUCCUUGAAAUGGAUCCUAGAGAACGACCCCACGGAACUGGACCUCAUGUUCUGUAUCGAUGAAGAAAACUUCGGACAGACAUAUCAAGUGGACCUGAAGCCCAAUGGGUCUGAAAUAAUGGUUACAAAUGAAAACAAAAGGGAAUAUAUUGACCUCGUCAUCCAGUGGAGGUUUGUGAACAGGGUCCAGAAGCAAAUGAACGCCUUCUUGGAGGGAUUCACAGAGCUGCUUCCUAUUGAUUUGAUUAAAAUUUUCGAUGAAAAUGAACUGGAGUUGCUGAUGUGUGGCCUCGGAGACGUGGAUGUGAAUGACUGGAGACAGCAUACUAUCUACAAGAACGGCUACUGCCCAAACCACCCUGUCAUUCAGUGGUUCUGGAAGGCUGUGCUGCUGAUGGACGCUGAGAAGCGUAUCCGGUUACUGCAGUUUGUCACAGGGACGUCCCGAGUACCUAUGAAUGGAUUUGCUGAACUUUAUGGUUCCAAUGGUCCUCAGCUGUUUACAAUAGAGCAAUGGGGGAGUCCUGACAAACUGCCCAGAGCUCACACAUGCUUUAACCGCCUUGACUUACCUCCGUAUGAAACCUUUGAAGAUUUACGAGAGAAACUUCUCAUGGCCGUGGAAAACGCCCAAGGCUUUGAAGGGGUGGAUUAAGCGCCCGCCCGCCUCGGGUGGUGGAUCAUCCAGCAAGUCCUGCUUGCACUUUUGCGUUUGCCUAACGGACUUUGCAGAGACAAUGGCAGGGAGCGUUGCACAGCGUGGCUCCUGGAGCAGAGCCUUCGCCCGUGACUUGCCCAAGUUCAGACAUGGGAACCCAGUCCCAGGUCCCGUUUCUGCAUUUUCCACCGCGAAUUAUCAACUGGUUGAUGUGUACACUAAUUACAUUUCAGGAGGACUUAAUUCUAUUUAUGUUGUGCCUCUGUAGGCAAAGCCCUUAAUAAAUAUUUUACAUACUUUAUAAUGACAAUGAAUGGAAUUAAUCACUCUACAGGUAUAGUAUUACAACUCAUGUUUACUUUUUGAAAAUGAUUUAGACCGAUUUCCCAAUUUCAUUUCAUUACAAUUAAAGAUGUCUCAUGUACUUGGAAAAGUGAGCA